AGAGGUUUAAGACAUUAGCAACGAAUAAAACAAGCUUCUUUCACUCAUGUAAUUGAAAUAAAUAUAGCUGGACUUGUCCUUUUGUAUGUAUACCUUGCCUUUUAAGCACACUCAUUUUCUACCUCUAUUUUCCUUUCUUCUUCACUUUCUCAACUCUCUAAGAAGCACCUCUCUCUAUAUUCUCUCCCUAAGCUGAAUCCUACUUCAUAAUCAGAGGGCAUGCCUGAAUGUCCAGAGAAAGGGAGAGAUUUGAUGAGAUAGGGAAGAAGAUCAAAAGGGAAGGAGAUGUUUCUUCUCAAAUGGGAAGAAGACACAUGUUAGGUCCUCCUGGAACCCUAAAUACCAUCACCCCUUGUGCAGCAUGUAAGUUGUUGAGAAGAAGAUGUGCCCAAGAAUGUCCCUUUUCACCAUAUUUCUCUCCCCAUGAGCCUCAAAAGUUUGCUUCAGUCCACAAAGUUUUUGGUGCCAGUAACGUCUCAAAGAUGCUCAUGGAAGUACCAGAGUGUCAGAGAGCUGAUGCAGCAAAUAGUCUAGUUUAUGAAGCUAAUGUGAGGCUAAGAGACCCUGUGUAUGGAUGCAUGGGUGCAAUUUCUGGUUUGCAGCAACAAGUUCAAUCUUUACAAGCUGAACUUAAUGUAGUGAGAGCUGAAAUACUUAAAUACAAACUCAGGGAAGCUCACAUGAUACCCUCCUCUCAUGUUGCAAUGCUUCCUUCAUCUGGGGCUGUUUCAAUCGCUGCUCCACCUCCACCACCUCCUCCACCACCACCACUUCCACCUCCUUCUAUUCCUCAAACUUCUUCCUCUUCUUCCAUGUACAUCCAACACAGAGAUCCCACCACUUACACCACUAUUUCAACUGAUAAUAUCUCCUAUUUUGGUUAAACUUGCAGCCUAAUAAAAACAAUUAUUCCAUUUAUUUCUCUCUUAAUUAUCAUCAUGCAUCAAGCUGGAAUAAAGCCAGUUAAGAAAAAGGAGAGUAUUCAUAUGAUUAAUAUGCCAAAAAUUUCCCCUUGAUAAUAUAUAUACACAUGGCUGGUUAAACUUUGAUUUCUUCUACACCUUCUUAAGCCAAUCAAAUUAAUUGCUCCUUGUUACUGUGAUUAACUGUUUUUCUUCCCCACCCGAUGUAGACACAAUGCCAACUUGAUAUAUACUUGUGCCGAUUUUCUCUUCAUUAUUUUAUGAUGCAAAGGACAAUAAAGAGGAAGGAAACUUGGUUUAUAUUGCAUUGCAUUGAUGGUAUUUCAGUUUGGUUUCGGAAACAUUGCAAUAAUAUUGUUGGUAGAAUUAAUUUUGCACGUGAUGACUGUGGUUCCUGACUAUAACCUUUCUUAGACAUGUUAAUCUGUGCCACUGAGUUUGCUGUCUGAAGUUGCGGGAGACAAAAGGUAUGCUUGUGAUCUUCACCAUGUUCACUCACACUUAACUUCUCAGAACUUUGGUUUAUAUAUAUAUUUGGAAAUUGGGAAGCAUAAUUUUACGUCAAGUUAUCUACCCAUUUGUAUUAUACAGUAAAAACUAUAUUAUAUUAAUUGCUGUCCUUUGUAGCAGUCGCAUAUAUGUUGAUUGAGUUUACUUCAUGUAGAUAUUAAUUUUUUUUUUUCCUUUUACUUUGGAUGGUUGAUAGAGGAAAAUUUUAAAGAUUUUAGCAUAAAUCAAAUUAAGCGAACUUUAUAUAUCAACAGACACAGACCUAGGAGAAGAAAAUGGAUUAACGAGGAUUUUAAUGUCAGAUUCAUAAUGCAUUGACCGCAUAAAAAAUUUAUAAGGAGAGCCACCACACCGAUGUUAAGACAUUCUUAUUUUAUGUUUUAGAAUGGCUUUGGAAUAUAUGAUGCGACUCAUCAUCGGUGACAGAUCUCUCAUCUUUCAUCAAUUUCUUUAAAUGUUAGUCGAAUUAAUUCGAUAGUUCAAAAUAAUUGCACACAUGUUAUACUAUAAAAAAUAAAUAUGUUAAUUGCACAUGCAGACACAUUC